AUAGUGUUACAGUACAUUUUAGUCGUCUGCUGUCAUUUGUGUAUAGUGGUGAAUGUUUGUUUAAGAAAAUCCCAAACUUAUUAUUUAUUUAACAUGAUUUUAUGUCUCGGACCAUCCGGAUCAGGUAAGACUGUUUUAUUAAAAACUUUGCAAGAGGAUAUAUACAGUGAUGUAGAAGAGCUUCCUUCAACGAUUCCCACAGUUGGGACUAACAUUAUAAACGUUAAAACAAACAAUAAUAAUUCAGUGACAGUUCACGAAUUAGGAGGCGAAAUGGCACCAAUAUGGGAUAACCAUUUGAAUUCUUGUCAACAUUUGUUGUAUGUGAUUGAUAUUAGCAACUUGCAACAAGUUAGUUGUGCUUGCAUUUUGCUGUUGGAAAUAUUAUCCAAGUUAGAGCUAGAAAAUAUGAAUGUGUUAAUUGUGUUGAAUAAAACUGAUGCUAUGAACACACUGACAAUGAAUGAAAUGAAAGGAUUACUUAGGUUAGAUGAUAUAAGUAAAUAUGCUAAACAGAGAAUUGAUGUCGUCGAAACGAGUUGUGUUUUGGGUGAAGGAUUAGAAUUUAUAAGAGAUUGGUUGAGUCAAGUAAAUGUGUCUUAAACUGUCGACUUUAUAUAUCGCAGUGGAGCACCCAGAGGGAUGCGGAGGGCCCUUGCACCCUCCAAAGAAAAAGUAAAACAAACACUAGAAAAUUUUCCGAAAACCUUUUCCUAAUUAAAAUUCAUCUUUUAUUUAUACUGUCAUAUAUUCUGUUUCUAUACUACGUAUGAAUUAGUGGUCACGUGAGGUGGGAAUUUUAUUGAAUUUGCAUUAAAAUUUUUUUAUCCGUUUAACUCUGCUCCCCGAGAUUAAAUUCCAAGUGUGCCACUGAUAUAUCAUAUAUAGAUAAUUUUGUAUAUACACAGUGUAAAUAUGAAAAAGUAACACAGUUGAAAAUUGAAAUAAUGACAUUGCAGCAUUAUUUGUAUUGUAUU